GUGCUAAGAAGACUUUUUUUACUUUUAGGUGACAGGAGGCUCCAGUGGCAUUGGAAAGUGCAUUGCUAUCGAGUGCUACAAACAAGGCGCAUUCAUAACUCUGGUUGCACGAAAUGAGGAGAGGCUGCUGCAGGCAAAGAAAGAAAUUGAGAAGCACUGUAUUAAUGACAAACAGGUGGUGCUUUGUAUAUCAGUUGAUGUAUCCCAAGACUAUAGCCAAGUGGAGAAUGUCAUAAAACAAGCACAGGAGAAACUGGGCCCAGUGGACAUGCUUGUAAACUGUGCAGGAAUGUCAAUUUCAGGAAAAUUUGAAGAUCUUGAAGUUAGUACUUUCGAAAAACUGAUGAGCAUUAACUACCUGGGCAGCGUGUACCCCAGCCGAGCUGUGAUCACCACCAUGAAGGAGCGCCGGGUGGGCAGGAUCGUCUUUUUGGCGUCCCAGGCGGGACAGGUGGGACUCUUCGGUUUCACCGCCUACUCUUCGUCCAAGUUCGCCAUCAAGGGUUUGGCUGAAGCUCUGCAGAUGGAGGUGAAGCCAUAUAAUGUCUAUGUAACCGUCGCCUACCCGCCUGACACAGACACACCUGGGUUUGCAGAAGAAAACAAAACAAAGUCUCCUCCUUGCCUCCUCUGCAGGUCCUUUGAGAAACAGCUGUGGUGUCGGACAGAGCUACUGCUGUCUCUGCUAAGGACCUCAGCUCUGCCCAGUGCCAGCCCUCCAGUGGCCUGGGAGAACAGAAAGCAGCCUUUGGAAACCCGUCUUAUUUCAGAGACCACGUCUAUUUGCACACCAGAACAAGUGGCCAAACAGAUUGUUAAAGAUGCCAUACAAGGGAAUUUUAACAGUUCCGUUGGCUCAGAUGGGUACAUGCUCUCGUCCCUGACCUGCGGAAUGUCUCCAGUCACUUCUAUUACCGAAGGGCUCCAGCAGGUGGUCACCAUGGGCCUUUUCCGCAUGAUCUCUUUGUUUUACCUUGGAAGUUUUGACAACAUAAUUCGUCGCUGCAUGAUAGAAAGAGCCAAAUAUGGAACUGCAGACAAAACUGCCUAAACCUUGGAAAAAGAAUAUUUCUAAAUAAUGUGAGCAGCUUGCUGCUGGAUGGGACCCAGUGUUUGGCCCAUGGACACUUGUGUAUGGCUUUUGAAUAUGUCAGAUGGGACCAGCUGACUUCGGCAACCUGACUGCAAGCGAGGGGGUAGAGGUUCAACUCCAUGUGAUAGGAUUAAGACUAUGCAGACCUGGGAUUGGAGAGCAUCUGAUUCCCUGGGUGGAGAGGUGAUGACCAUAUGGGAAGUAAUAGAUGUGAGCUGGGUGGAGAACAGGAUUCCAGAGGUGGCCAUUUACAUUUUCUCUAGUUAUUCUUUUCUCUCCCAUGGAGAUUGAGUCCAGGAAUGCACUUCAUGACAUGUAAGAUGCUGUGAGGACUUUUUAAACCUUCAUGAAAGGCAAGUCAUGGGUUUCUGGGGCCUUUUUCCCCCCCCUCUUUAAUUUAGUGUAUUUUAUUCAAGAUGAGUUUUACAUGUUGCUGGUGAGUCUGGAUGCAUAAUCAUGUCCCUGGCUCACCACACUGCUUGCUGGUGGACCCUCGUGGAUUCUCUCGCUCUUUGAUCCUGUACAACUCCAAGGGGGAUGAGAGAGGGCAGGGAAGGGAAGAGAAGGGAAGGGGGUAGGCAUUUUCCAGUAGGAAAAAUAAUGCUUUCUUGUCUUCUUUAGAUUCAGAUGCUUCGGGCGCUUCUCAUUUUGCACUCAUGGGGAAAGGCAGCUUCCUAAAAUGUUUUUUGAAGAGAAAUAAAAUCUUAGAAGCUUAAACGUUUACAAUUUUUUUCACUAGCCAUGAUGAGUGAAGUUUCAUUCCAUUGUCGUUUAUCCUGCUCAUCUCUUCCUUUCCAGUUUUGCUUAUACUCCUCUAAUAUUUUUGUAAAAAAAAAGACCUGUUAAAAUUUUUUGACUUGACUUUUUGAAUUCAUUCAUGAAUUAAAACAAAGAGAAAAACCAUG